AUGUGUAUUAGGCAGCAAGGGCUACUCCAAAGAGUUUUUCGAAGCCGCAGGCUUUAUUCGACCACUACAUCCUCAAUAAAGCCGCCUAUUCACUUGGCGAGUGAGGAUGAAGGACUAAUACCUGAGGAAGAAAAUGGUCUUGAAGGAGAAGAUCAUAUACUAGGAGGAGAAAAUAAUGUACUAGAAGGGAAAAAUUUUUUAGUAGAAGAAGAACCCGUGCCAGAGAUAAUACUUGAAAAAGAAAUCGACACCAAAACUUUGGUGUACGAACCCAUCAAACCAAAUUUCCCCCAGUUGCCAGUACCGCCGCUCGCCCAUAAUCUCUCCAAAGUGUUAUUCCAACCCAACGUGUACCACCAAUUACAGGAUAAACGGACCAGAGUGUAUAGCUUCCCACCUUUUUUGGAGAACGUGGUGAGCGUCGAUAAGUUUGAUUUCAACAAAGUUAAAGCGUUCAUCCCAUCAGGACGGGACCCUGUGUUAUUGGAAAUGGCGUCAGAUGUCAACAAGCGGAGAAAUAACAAAAAUGACCCAGAGAGUGUCAGGGAAAAGGUAAAAUACUACAGCUCAACCUCAUCAAUGACGGGGUUAUUGUCGCAGCUCCAUUUCGCGCUAUCUAAUAAUAAGCAACCGAAAUUUAAGGACUUGAGUUUGAGUUAUAGUGAUUUACCGGGAAAGAAGAUGUCAUUCUCUCCAGGGGCAAAGACUGCGGCGGUGGUGGUAUUAAAAGUUAGGAAGUCUAGACCAGGACUACAGAGCGUGGUGUAUUCUAUUGAUGCUGAUAAAUCUACAGACGAUGACAUGAUUCUCUCGAUUUUGGGGAACUUGAUGGAGACUUUAUUGAUAACCAAAGAAAGAGAUUUCAAGCGUAAUUAUGUUCUUGGUAAAAAUAAUAAGACCAAAGGCCAAGAGGAAGUUGCAGGAGACACUUAUCAUUAUGCCAAAAUGGGGAAGUUUUUGGUGAGAUCGCAAUUGGACUGUUACGAUCCACGGCUACCUAAUACGGGGACGUUUGAUUUGAAGACCCGAGCGGUGUGUUCUAUCAGAGUGGACAUCGACCAUAUUCAAAACACCCAAAAAAACCGAAGUGGGUACCAGAUCAUCAAAAGACUAGGAGGGUUUGAGAGCUAUGAAAAAGAAAAGUACGACUUGAUCCGGUCGGCGAUGUUGAAGUACUCGUUCCAGGCGAGAAUCGGUAAUAUGGAUGGAAUCUUUGUUUGUUACCAUAAUAUUGAGAAAAUAUUUGGUUUUGAAUACAUCCCGUUGACAGAUAUUGACGAAUUGUACCACCAUGAUCCUAAUGCUGAGGAGGAGUCUGACAUCGCAGACGUUCUUGAUAUGCAUCUUGAUGGCUUCCAAACCAGUAUGAGCUCAUUUGUCUCGGAAACCGAAUUCAAGGUCAGUUUCAAAGUAUUGGAAGAUAUUAUUGAUACUAUUGUCAAUGACUACUUAGUACAAAACGGCGAAGCAGAAUGCUUUAGGAUGAUUCUUAAAGCCAAGACCGAAAAAGGAAGGAGCAAAUUAUACGUAUUAUUCACCCCCCUCAACCAUGAACAAGUCAACAAGAUUCAGAACCAGGAUAUGCUACAGCAAGAAUUGGCGCUUGCCAAGAAAUUGCAGAACGCCUCGAAGUUGGAGGAUAUCGACUUGGAUAAUAUUGAGAAUGAUCGCAAUUUACAGGUGAAAUUGAAGCUCCAUCCUGAUUUCUACAAGGCGAAACAAAAUAUGAGAAAGGCUGAUUUCCAAAAAAUGAACAAUAUAACAUCGUACAAGGCUCAAGGUUUUAAAGUAUCGUUUGAUCAUUACCAUGAUGGUGAAUUACAGACCGAGAGGUUUGCUUAUCCUAAAUCAAGAGAUAUUGAUUGGAAAGUCAAUUAUACCAUUACGAAGCUUGAUACUGAGACAGCUCAACGUCAUUAUAAGAAGUUCAUGCAGGACAAAGGAAUACUUCAAUGGUCGCAAUUUGACUCGGACUAUACGACAAUUGUCCGACAAUAUGACCAAAUUGGGAGGUUGAGGGAAGAGUUUUUUGCUGCGAUGGAAGAUAAUGGGAAGAAGGUUGUUUGGAAACCAGAUAAAUAG